CAAGAGUCGGGAGUGGGGUAUAAAAAGCAGCUCGUCGGGCUGUGCAGAAGCGCGUCUGUCUCGAGUCAGCCUCUCCUGCCACAUUGCUGGGAGGUUUUUAGCAUCCCAGCCCUGAUGGGACCGCACCGGCGCGGGCACCGGGAAGCAACAGCUGCUUGCAAACUGCUGGUCUUGCUUGCAGCGUGCAUCGUGCAAGCCAGCUGCCAAGGGUGUGAAAGUGGGCAGUUUCGUUGUGGGAAUGGUCGUUGUAUUCCUUCAGAUUGGAGAUGUGAUGGAGCAAGGGACUGUUCAGAUGACAGCGAUGAAGUUGGCUGUCCGCAUCCCACCUGUGAUGGAAAUCAUUUUCAGUGCCACAAUGAUGGAGAGUGUAUCCCUCAGUCAUGGGUAUGCGAUGAUGAAGAAGACUGCGAGGAUGGCUCCGAUGAACAACAGUGUCCUGGACGAACGUGUUCCAGUCGGCAGUUUACAUGUUCUAAUGGACAGUGUGUCCCAAGUGCGUACAGAUGUGAUCGGGUGAAAGACUGCGUGGACGGGACAGACGAGAGAGGCUGUCAGUAUCCAGCGUGUGAUCAGCUGACUUGUUCCAACGGAGCGUGCUUUAAUGCAAGCCAACAUUGUGAUGGCAAAGUGGACUGCAGAGAUGCUUCUGACGAGACCAACUGCACGCAUGGCUGCACUAACACCCAGUUUCAAUGCGCGAAUGGAGAAUGUAUCCCUCGAGCCUUUGUUUGUGACCAUGACGAUGACUGUGGAGACAGGAGCGAUGAACACUCUUGCACAUAUGCAUCCUGCAAAGGGAAUUUCUUCACUUGCCCAAGUGGACGCUGCAUUCAUCAGAGCUGGAUCUGUGAUGGAGACGAUGACUGCGAAGAUAAUGCUGAUGAGAUCGGAUGUGAAAGUGGUCAUCGAGACUGCUACCCAGGUGAAUGGGCCUGCCCUGUAUCAGGGCAAUGUAUGCCAAUUGGCAAAUUCUGCGAUGGGACUCCAGACUGUUCUGGUGGAGAAGAUGAAACAAACAUAACAGCAGGCAGACACUGCAACAUUUCUCGCUGCGCAGCCUUGAGUUGCCAAUACCGUUGUCACUCUUCCCCUUCUGGAGGCACAUGCUAUUGCCCUGCAGGAUACGUAAUCAGCAUCAAUGACAGUCGGACCUGCAUCGAUUUCGACGAUUGCAAGAUGUGGGGUGUCUGUGACCAAAGAUGUGAAGAUCGUGUUGGUCACCAUCAGUGUCACUGCGCAGAAGGAUACGUCCUUGAGCAUCACCGCCACUGCCGAGCCAAUACCUCAUCAGGUUAUGCAUACUUCACUGAUUGGAGACUCGGUGGAAUAGUUCGAGUGCGAAAGACUGACGGAGGAGAAAUGACAGUCAUCAGGAGGGGAAUCAAUAACAUUAUGCAUGUGAAGGCUUACAAUGCUCAUGCUCAAAUAGGCACGAAUUACUGUAACAGAGCCACAAACCCAAAUGGAGACUGCAGCCACUUCUGCUUCCCAGUUCCUAAUUUUCAGAGGGUUUGUGGUUGUCCCUAUGGGAUGAAGUUGAGUUCUAACCAGCUGACCUGCGUGGAAGAUCCAUCCAAUGAGCCUCCCACAUUACAAUGUGGUUCAUACUCCUUUUCCUGUGGCAAUGGCAGGUGUGUGCCCAGGUACUAUCAGUGUGAUGGUGUUAAUGAUUGCCAUGACAACAGUGAUGAACAAGACUGUGGAACUCAAAACAAUACUUGCUCUACAUCAGCCUUUACCUGUAGAAACGGUCAGUGCAUCCCCAGGCGGUGGCAAUGUGAUAAGCAUAGUGACUGUCUCGACGGUAGUGAUGAACUGCACUGCCCCACACAGGGCCCCGCUUCAUGUCCUGCGGCCUUGUUCACUUGCGAUAACGGCAAGUGUAUCCCCAGAAUCUGGUUGUGUGAUACAGACAAUGACUGCGGCGAUGGAUCAGAUGAAAAGAACUGCACUGUCACUGAAACUUGUGAGCCUGGUCAGUUUCAGUGUCCUGAUCACCGGUGCAUCGAUCCGUUUUAUGUCUGUGAUGGGGACAGGGACUGUGUCGAUGGAACAGAUGAACAAGAUUGCACAUACAACUGUACUUCCUCUCAGUUUAAAUGUGCAAGCGGAGACCAGUGCAUCAAUAACUAUUUCCAAUGUGAUGGUGUCUUUGACUGCAAUGAUCACUCAGAUGAGGCAGACUGUCCCACAAGGCCUACAGGGAUGUGUCACCAGAAUGAAUUUCAGUGCCAGUCCGAUGGUAACUGUAUCCCGGCUACCUGGGAAUGUGAUGGACACCCUGACUGCGCUGAUAGCUCGGAUGAACAUCACAGGUGUCCUCCCAGGACUUGUCCUCCUUCUCUUUUCCGCUGUGAUAAUGGAAACUGUGUCUAUCGGGCUUGGAUCUGCGAUGGAGACAAUGAUUGCAGGGACAUGAGCGAUGAGAGAGAUUGUCCCACUCCGCCAUUCCGGUGUCCCAGCUGGCAGUGGCAGUGCCCAGGCCACAGCGUUUGUGUCAAUCUGAGCAGAGUGUGUGACAACCUUUCAGAUUGUCCCAAUGGAGCUGAUGAAUCACCUCUCUGCAAUGAGCCUCAGCCAGACCAAGAGAGUUGCUCGGAUAAUAAUGCUGGCUGCACACACGAAUGCAUUCAGGGACCUUUUGGAGCCCAGUGCUCCUGCCCAUUUGGGUACCAGCUGGCCAAUGACUCCAAGACGUGCGAAGAUAUCAAUGAGUGUGAUCCUCCAGGAUUCUGCAGCCAAUACUGCCACAACGAAAGAGGAUCUUUUAGGUGUUACUGUGAUGAAGGCUAUGUGCUAGAAACCAAUCAGAGGACUUGCAAAGUUGCAGAGUCUGGGAAUCUUCUCUUGUUAGUAGCAAGCCGUAACCAAAUAGUUGCAGACAACAUCACUUCUCAUGCACAGCACAUUUAUUCUUUGGUUCGAGACGGCAGGAACAUUGUAGCCAUUGAUUUCGAUUCGGUGACGGGUCGAAUCUUUUGGUCUGACGUCACGCAGGACAAAAUCUGGACUGCAUACCAGAAUGGGACAGACAGAAAAGUAGUGUUUGACAGUGGUGUCACUGUAACAGAAAGCCUAGCGGUGGAUUGGGUAGGCCGUAAUCUAUACUGGACAGACUUUGUCCUGGAAACGAUUGAAGUCUCCAGACUUGACGGAAGCCACAGGACUGUUCUGAUCAGUGAAAAUAUAACAAACCCAAGAGGGCUUGUUCUAGAUCCCAGGAUAGAUGCUCACUUGAUGUUCUGGACAGACUGGGGUCGGAAUCCCCGGAUCGAAAGAGCGAGCAUGGAUGGCACAUUGCGAACCGCCAUCGUCACCAGCAAGGUCUAUUGGCCCAAUGGGCUUGCCAUCGACUAUCCAAACAGAUUGCUAUAUUUUGCUGAUGCAUACCUCGAUUACAUCGAUUUCUGUGAUUACAAUGGAAACAACAGGCGGCAGGUGGUGGCAAGUGACUUGGUUUUGCAGCAUCCUCACGCCCUCACAAUCUUUGAAGAUUUUGUAUACUGGAGUGAGAAAUACACCAACCGUGUUAUUCGAGCCAACAAGUGGCAUGGAGGAAAUCAAACUGUUGUUAUUUAUAAUAUUCACCAACCUUUGGGUAUUAUGGCAGUCCACCCUGUGAACCAGCCAUCUGGUACCAAUUCUUGUGCCUCAUCCUCCUGUAGUCACCUGUGCCUGCUUUCUUCACUGGGACCGCGGUUUUAUUCCUGUGCCUGCCCAUCAGGAUGGACUCUCUCACCUGAUAAUGUGAACUGCAUGAGAGUUGAGGAGCCGUUCUUGAUAGCCGUAAGAGAUACCAUAAUUUACGGCAUUUCUCUGAAUCCUGGAGAGAAAACCAACGAUGCUAUGGUUCCUAUCGCAGGAGUGCAGAAUGGCGUGGAUGCUGAUUUCGAUGACACGGAGCAGAUGAUUUACUGGGUUGAAAGUCCAGGUGAAAUUCAUAGAGUGAAGUCUGAUGGAACGAACAGGACUGUAUUUGCCCCGGCAGCUAUUAUUGGAUCACCUUUUGGCCUAGCUUUAGAUUGGAUAUCUGGAAACCUGUACUAUAGUAACCCUGCCACGCAAUCCAUUGAGGUACUGAAACUUCACAGUGAAGUAGUCUACCGAAAGACACUAAUUACCAAUGACGGUACCUCAGCAGGCUCCGGGAUGCCAACUGGUUUGACUGUCGAUCCAGUCAGAGGGAAACUGUAUUGGACGGAUCAAGGAACUCACACUGGGAUCCCAGCAAAGAUUGCUGGUGCAAACAUGGAUGGCUCAGAUAUCAGAACCCUCUUCACUGGCAACCUUGACCAUGUUGAGUUUAUCACCCUUGAUAUCAAGGAACAAAAGCUCUACUGGCCUGUCACAAGCACUGGGGUGAUUGAAAGAGGGAAUGUGGAUGGCACAAAUAGGAUGACCUUGGUUUCUCACCUCUCUCACCCCUGGGGUGUGGCUGUCUAUGGUUCUUUUCUGUAUUACACUGAUCGUGAUUAUGAAGUCAUUGAGCGGGUUGACAAGUCUACCGGAGCAAAUAAAGUGGUGCUGAGAGACAAUGUUUCAAGACUGAAAUGCCUCCGCGUUUAUUAUCGUGACAAUUCUUCAGGUUCCUCCAAUGGCUGCAGUAAUAAUGCUGGAAUUUGUCAGCAACUUUGCCUGCCUGUACCUGGAGGGCUUUUCUCGUGUGCUUGUGCAACUGGCUUCCAGUUAAACCCUGAUAACCGAACCUGUUCUCCGUACAAUUCCUUUGUGGUUGUCUCCAUGCUGUCUGCAAUUAAAGGAUUUAGCUUGGAAACAUCUGACCACUCUGAAGCAAUGGUCCCUUUGGCAGGAAGGGGGAGAAAUGCGCUACAUGUGGAUGUCCACAUCCCUUCUGGUUUCAUUUAUUGGUGCGACUUCAGCAGCAGCGUUCGUUCUCAAAAUGCAAUACGCAGAAUCAAACCAGAUGGCUCCUCCUUCACGAACAUCAUCACAGACGGGAUAGGGCGCAAUGGGAUCCGCGGCAUUGCAGUUGAUUGGGUAUCAGGAAAUCUCUAUUUUACUAAUGCAUUCCUGAGCGAGACAUUUAUAGAAGUUCUACGUUUAAACACUACAUAUCGCCGUGUGCUGCUUAAAACCACUGUAGAUAUGCCAAGGCAUAUUGUGGUGGACCCCAAAAACAGAUACCUUUUCUGGGCAGAUUAUGGACAGAAUCCAAAGAUAGAACGUGCAUUUCUUGACACUACCAAUAGGACUAUUCUGGUGUCUGAAGGCAUUGUUACACCACGUGGCUUGGCGGUCGAUCACAACAAUGGCUACGUUUACUGGGUGGAUGAUUCUUUAGACAUGAUUGCAAGAAUUUCACAAGAUGGCGGAGAGCCAGAAAUUGUCCGCUACGGCAGCCGUUACCCAACUCCAUACGGCAUUACUGUGUUUGAAAACUCUAUGAUUUGGGUAGACAGGAAUUUGAAAAAGAUCUUCCAAGCUAGUAAAGAGCCGGGAAAUACUGAAGCACCAACGGUUAUGAGAGACAACAUCAACUGGCUGAGAGAUGUUACGAUUUACAACAGUCGCUAUCAGUCACGGUCCCCUUCUGACAUCAACCACAACCCGUGUCUGGAGAACAACGGAGGCUGUUCGCAUCUGUGCUUUGCACUCCCUGACUUGGACGCCCCGAAGUGUGGAUGUGCAUUUGGAUUGGUAGAUAGUAGUGGUAAAAGCUGCUCUAUUUCAACCGAUGACUAUCUGAUCUUCGCUUUGGAGAAUGCUCUGAAGAGCUUGCACCUGGAUCCUGAGAAUCAUAGCCCUCCAUUUCAAACAGUGAAUGUAUUAAGAACUGCAGUAGCUCUUGACUAUGACAGUGUGAACAAUGUGAUAUAUUUCACUCAGAGUUCCCCAUCAGGCACAGGAAAGAUAAGCUAUCUUCACACCCACUCUGGAACUGGUCGCCCCACCAUAAUAGCAUCAGAUCUGGGAACUCCAGAUGGUCUAGCCUUUGACUGGAUCAACAACAGGAUUUAUUACAGUGACUAUCUAAAUCAGACCAUCAGUUCAAUGGCUGUGGAUGGAUCUAAUCGCUCUGUGGUUGCACAUGUUCCACGUCCAAGGGCCAUCGUAUUGGACCCUUGCCAAGGGUACAUGUAUUGGACUGAUUGGAGUUCCAAUGCUAAAAUAGAACGAGCGACCCUUGGAGGAAAUUUCAGGACUGCCAUUGUCAGCACCGACUUAGUGUGGCCAAAUGGACUUACAUUAGACUACGAGGAACAGCAGCUUUAUUGGGCCGAUGCAAAUUUACAGAAGAUAGAGCGCAGCUCCCUUACAGGAACAAAUCGCGAGGUCAUUGUUAGCACAGCCCUUUAUCCAUUUGCAAUGACCCUCUUUGAUCAACAUAUUUACUGGACAGACUGGAACACCCGAAGUAUUUACCGAGCCAACAAAUUCGAUGGAUCAGACCAGAUUGUUAUGAUCUCAAAUCUGCCAUCCAGACCGAUGGAUAUUCACGUCUGGGCCGAAAGCAAGCAACAGAAAUGCACCAAUCUUUGUAACCAGUUCAAUGGAGGUUGCAGCCAUAUCUGUGUAACAGGGCCAACUGGUGCAGAGUGUCAAUGCCCUUCUGAAGGACGCUGGUAUUUAGCCAAUAAUAACAAGCAUUGUGUUGCGGACAAUGGCACCAGGUGUACUGAAGGACUCUUUACCUGCCUGAAUGGACGCUGCAUCUCAGAGCGUUGGAAAUGUGACAAUGAUAAUGACUGUGGGGAUGGCAGUGAUGAACUGGAAAGUGUGUGCGCUUUUCAUACCUGUCAGCCAACAGCUUUCACCUGUGGCAACGGGCGGUGUGUACCUUACCCUUAUCGCUGUGAUCACUACAAUGACUGUGGAGACAACAGUGAUGAGGUGGGCUGCUUGUUCCGAACUUGUGACCCCCACACAGAAUUUACUUGCAAUAAUGGAAGGUGUAUAUCUCUUGAAUACGUCUGCAAUGGUGUAAACAACUGUUAUGAUAAUGGCACAUCAGAUGAGAGAAAUUGCCCUGAACGCACUUGUCAGCCUGGCUAUACGAAAUGUCAGAGCACGAACAUAUGCAUUCCUCGAACUUAUCUGUGCGAUGGAGAUAAUGACUGUGGGGACAUGAGUGAUGAGAGCCCCACUCACUGCGUCUCACUGACCUGCACCAAUGCGGAGUUUCGCUGUUCAUCUGGACGCUGCAUUCCUGCUCAUUGGUACUGUGAUCAAGCGACAGACUGUGCCGAUGGCUCAGAUGAGCCUUCUUCUUGUGUUCGCCCUGUGCGGAGCUGUUCAAGUGACCAGUUCAGAUGUGACGAUGGCAGAUGUAUCCCAGCAAGUUGGAUCUGUGACGGUGAUAAUGAUUGUGGUGAUAUGAGUGAUGAAGACCAAAGACACAGUUGCGCAAAUCGCAGCUGCACAGCAUUGGAGUUCACGUGUGUGAACAACGGACCUUCACAAAGAAGGUGUAUCCCCAAGGCCUGGGUCUGCGAUGGGGACGCUGACUGCAGUGAUGCUUAUGAUGAGCAUCAAAACUGCACAAGAAGGCCAUGUCUGGACAGUGAAUUCAUGUGUAGCAAUGGACUGUGCAUUCGCAGCGCAUACAGGUGUGACAGGCGUAAUGACUGCGGCGACAACAGUGAUGAGAGGGGUUGUACCUAUCAGCCCUGCACGCAACACCAGUUUACCUGUCAAAAUGGCCGCUGCAUCACAAAAGCCUAUGUUUGUGAUGGGGACAACGAUUGUGGUGAUGAAUCAGAUGAGUCGGAGCACAUGUGUGUUACACCAGAAGCAACCUGUCCCCCCCAUUUUUUCAAGUGCGACAAUGGGAACUGCAUUGCAAUGACCAAUAUCUGCAACCGGAUCGACAACUGUCUUGACAACAGUGAUGAAAAAGGAUGUGGCAUUAACGAAUGCAACGACCCUUCGAUCAGUGGCUGCGACCAUGACUGCACAGACACCCAGACUAGUUUCUACUGUUCUUGUCAUCCUGGAUACAGGCUCAUGUCCAAUAAAAAGACUUGCGACGACAUUGAUGAGUGUAGCGAAACACCUUCAGUGUGUAGCCAGAUUUGUGAAAACACCAUCGGCUCCUACAUCUGCAAGUGUGCGCCGGGCUACAUCCGCGAGCCCGAUGGAAAGCGCUGCCGGCAAAACAGCAACAUCUCGCCUUACCUUAUCUUUAGCAACCGCUACUACCUUAGGAACCUCACUACGGAUGGCCUGUCUUACUCCCUCAUUUUGCAAGGGCUUGGAAAUGUGGUGGCGUUGGACUUUGAUAGGGUGGAAAAAAGACUUUAUUGGAUUGAUGUGGGCAGGAGGAUAAUUGAAAGAAUGUUUCUCAAUGGAACAAACAAAGAAAUAAUCAUUAACGAUGGUGUACCAAGUGGAGAGGGUAUUGCUGUUGAUUGGGUUGGCCGAAAACUAUACUGGGUGGAUGCCUACAAGAAUUGCCUUUAUGUAGCUGAGCUUGAUGGACGGUUCCGAAAGAAACUCGUUGAUCGGUGUUUGGACUCCAACAACACCUUCUGUUUUCAGCACCCUAGAGCUGUUGUUGUUCAUCCCAAAUAUGGACACGUUUACUGGACAGACUGGGCCGAACGACCAUAUAUUGGACGGGCAGGAAUGGAUGGCAAAAACAAGACCGUGGUUGUCUCUACCAAGUUAGAAUGGCCUAAUGGACUGACCAUAGAUUACACCAAUGACAAGCUCUACUGGGCCGAUGCCCACCUAAACUACAUUGAGUACUCAGACUUGGAUGGUCGGCACCGCCACACUGUGUAUGAUGGGUCGUUACCUCAUCCAUUUGCAAUUACGAUUUUUGAAGACACGAUCUACUGGACAGACUGGAACACAAGAACAGUUGAAAAGGGAAAUAAGUACGACGGGUCAGACAGGGCUGUUCUGGUGAAUACCACCCACCGACCCUUUGAUAUCCAUGUCUACCACCCAUACAGGCAGCCCAUCGGUCCCCGUGAAUGCACGGAGAGUGAAUAUCGGUGUGACAAUCUGCGUUGUAUUCCUUCUCGGUGGAUAUGUGACCAUGACAAUGACUGUGAAGACAAUUCAGAUGAACGUGACUGUGAACUCAGGACAUGCCAUCCAGGUUAUUUCCAGUGUGACAGUGGGCAUUGCAUUGCACAGCGGUUCCAGUGUGAUGGAAGUGCAGACUGUCUGGAUUUCUCCGAUGAAGCAACUUGUCCCACUCGCUAUCCAAACGGCACUUACUGUUCACGCACGAUGUUUGAGUGCAAAAACCAUGUAUGUAUUCAGCCCCACUGGAAAUGCGACGGUGAUGAUGACUGCGGAGAUGGCUCAGAUGAAGAACUCCACCUCUGCUUGGACGUUGUCUGUGAGCCACCAUUCCGUUUCCGCUGUGGAAAUAAUCGCUGCAUCUACAACCAUGAGUUGUGCAACCACGAAGAUGACUGCGGAGAUGGAAGCGACGAAGAAGAAGAACACUGCAGAGAACCCACUCCUAAGUCUUGCACUACUGAAGAAUUCAAAUGUGGCAAUGGAAACUGUAUCCCCCUGCACUAUGUUUGCGACAAUUACGACGAUUGCGGAGAUCACUUUGAUGAACUGGGCUGCAACUCUGGAACAGGUAGAACAUGUGCUGAAAAUAUCUGCGAACACAACUGUACCAACCUAAGCGAAGGAAGUUUUAUCUGUACGUGCAGACCAGGAUAUAGGCCCAGUGAAGAGAACAGAAACACCUGUGAUGACAUCAAUGAGUGUGAAAUCUUUGGAACAUGCCCACAGAUUUGUAAGAAUUCCAAAGGAAGUUAUGAAUGUUUCUGUGCAGAGGGAUUCAGAUCUGUUGGAGAUCGUCAGGGAACACAGUGUGCAGCCACUGGUAACCCUCCAAUAUUGCUUCUGCCUGAUAACAUCCGUAUUCGAAAGUAUAAUAUGACAUCAGAGCAAUACUCUGACUAUAUUGAUAAUGAGGAGCACAUCCAAGCUAUAGACUAUGACUGGGACCCUGAGGGGAUAGGCCUCAGUAUUGUAUAUUACAGCAUUCUGGGACGAGGUGCAGAGUUUGGCUCUAUCAAACGUGCCUACAUCCCCACGUUUGAAAGCGGUGGGAAUAAUCCUGUGAAAGAAGUUGAUCUGAAUCUGAAAUACUUGGUCAGUCCAGUUGGUUUAGCAGUGGACUGGGUUGGAAGGCAUCUUUAUUGGACUGAUGCUGGGACAAAUCGAGUAGAAGUGGCAAAGCUUGAUGGGAGGUACAGGAAGUGGCUCGUCUACACUCUUCUGGACCAACCAGCAGCUAUCGCCAUCAACCCUAAACUUGGGCUAAUGUACUGGACAGACUGGGGAAGACAACCAAAAAUUGAAAGUGCCUGGAUGGAUGGGCAGCACAGGCAAUCCUUGAUCUCUGAGGACCUUGGGUGGCCAACUGGCCUUUCCAUUGAUUAUCUGAACAAUGACAGAAUAUAUUGGAGUGAUGUGAAAGAAAAUCUAAUCGAAUCCAUGAGACCUGAUGGAACUGACAGGAAGAUUGUUGUACAAGGAGUAAACAGCCCAUUUAGUCUCGACGUCUUUGAAGGCCAUCUCUACUGGAUGUCUAAGGAAAGAGGAGAAGUCUGGAAAGAAGAUAAAUUUGGGAAAGGAGAAAAAAUCAAAGUGCUGACUAUCAACCCUUGGCUUACUCAAGUCCGCAUCUAUCAUCAACAUAGAUGCAAUCAGUCAGUGGCCAAUCCUUGCAAAGAUGUCUGCAGUCACCUCUGCUUGUUGAGACCUGGGGGAUAUUCCUGCGCUUGCCCUCAAGGGGCUCGUUUUGUAGAAGGAAGUUCAACAGAGUGUGACGCAGCUAUCGAACCCCCUCCUACAAUGCCCCCGGCAUGCAGAUGUAUGUAUGGAGGAACAUGCUAUAUCGAUGAAGAUGGAUUUCCGAAAUGCAAGUGCUCGAAUGGAUACACUGGAAGCUACUGCGAAGUAGGAUUGUCAAAGGGGGUACCUGCUGGAACAACAGUGGCCGUGUUGCUGACUGUUAUUUUGAUAAUAAUAGUUGGCGCUCUGGCUGUUGGUGGCUUUUUAAAUUACCGACGGACAGGUUCCCUCUUACCAGCACUUCCCAAACUGCCAAGUUUAAGCAGCCUUGUGAAAUCCACGGAAAACGGCGAUGGGGUGACAUUCCGAUCUGGAGCAGAUGGGACCAUGAACAUUAGUGUGUCUGGUUUCGGAGCCGAAUCAGCUAUUGACAGGGCGAUGCAAAUGAAUGAAACCUUUGCUACGGAAACUGGAAAACAGCCAAUCACGUUUGAAAAUCCAAUGUAUACCACAAGAGACAGCGGCGAGGUGGACAUGAGCGUCGCCCCUCCCACACAAGUAACAGCUUCCAGCAGCGAAAGAAAUGAAAACUUUGAGAAUCCAAUCUAUGAUACUUCUGUCUCUGCCAGUGUGCCCCAGCCUCUAGCAAGUACAGAAACGCCUCAGGAGACAAAGUGGAACUUCUUCAAAAGAAAACUGAAGCAAAGUACUAACUUUGAAAACCCGAUCUAUUCUGAGAUGGAAAAGGAACACCAAGGAGAAGCUGAGAACAUUCCUCCCCCGUCUCCAUCAUUGCCUCAGAAGAUCAUUCUCAGGAGAGACCAACCGUUAGCCUAUUCAGCAACCGAGGAUUCGUUCAAAGACACAGCCAACCUCGUCAAAGAGGACUCUGUUGUAUAACCAGCUCACAUAGGGAAUAAUUAGGAACACUCAUUUGCACAUAUAUUUUUGUAAACAGAAGGAAGAAAUGGUUCACUUCUCUUUAUAAAAGAAAUAUAUUUAGUCUUUUUAGCUGGAGACAUCUGUCAGAACCAUGCCUUGUUUGUUUGUUUUUUUACACAUGCAAUGCCAACGCCUAUUUUUAUGAGAAAUUAUCACGGUGUACUAUAUGUAUAUCUUUGCACUGACACUCUCAGAAAGAAAUGUUAUAAAUAUACUGUACAUUUGUAAAUUUCUGAAAGAUUAUCUGGUUGUUGAUGUUUUAGUACAAAUUGGUUCUCGUUAGGGAUCUCUCUAUAAAUGAUUAUAUUAAGUAAUAUAGAGGAGGAUAUAGUGCCAUCUACUGAAUGACAAAUACCUUUGGGAAAUAUAUUUACAGGCAACACCUCGCUAAGCAUGAACCACCAGUACGUAUGUGUAUUUCUGCUGUGUGUCUUAACUACCAGAGUUCAUAGAAACAGAUGUCUUUCUAUGAUAUUACUAUCAUGCAGAAAACACAGUGUGCAAAUCAUUGGCUCGUAUCUCAGCUAGUGUUUCUGUGAGUGCAUGGAUUUCCAUUUGCACAGAGGGACUUCCUUUCUUCCCCACUCACAGUAGCCCAAAAUGCAACUCCCCCACUAUUCUGUUCCUCAAGGAUAGAGGAUUCCCCCCAAAAAAUAUUUUGGGGGCCUAGGCAAAAAUCCCAUCUGGCUGCAGAAACACUAGUUUGGAUCCAAGCCACUGUCUUAUAAAAUAAUAAAGCAAGUGAAAGAUUUAUUUUCUUGUACUAAUAUCUUGCCUAGCAGAAAUACAAUGAUACUUCCCCUGAAAUAUUGUUGUUUUUUCCUGAGGCAUCACUUUAAAAGGCCAUUAACGGAAUUCAUGGAAAACAAAGACAUGUUUUACAUGUUAUUCCUUUCACAUAUAAUUUAGUGUGAUUUUUUUCGUGAUAAUCAGUGGAAUAAUGCUUUUCUCAGCUGAAGUCUCAAUGAUUCAUUUAUACCAUGAUUAUAUGCCAUGAUUAAAUCACUGGCUAUCGAAAACAAAAUGCAAUAUUUCUUUGCCCACUGCAUACAGACAAGGCAGGAAUGCUUUAAUAUGAGCCAUCUCUCCUUAUCUCUCAAAUCUUUUUUUUCUCCCCGUGUGAAAAUGUUUUAAUAUUGUUGACUAUUUAUUUCCUGAGGUGGGCAAUAAUAGAAAGGGAAACCAUUUUUACUGAUGAAGCCUUGUACUGUACAUUUUGUUAGCUUUACUACUGAUUUGCUGGUUUAGUAGACCUGAUUUGGACUCUUCAAAGAAAGUCACCCUAGGAAUGUAUAGUCUGUUGUCUACUGUUCCUGGCCUAGGUGCUCAUAUAACUCCAGGGCUUCAAAAUUUAUAACAAAUGAGACUUCUGUUGUUGGGAUUUUUAAAACCUGACUUCUCAAUGUUAAGCGCUAUCCCUCUUUUAAUAAGCUUGGUUUUAUUAUUGCCUUGAUAUGUUCUUUGAUUAGACAAGACAAUUGGAAGAUGCUGCUUCUGAAUAAAUCUAAUAAAUGUGUGCUUUUAUCA